CGCACUCUGCGGGCGGGGACCGGGGGUGGGCCCGUCCCGUCCCGCCCGCCCGCAGGGGGAGACUCUGGCGGCUUCCCCCCUCCGCCUCGGCUGCCGGUGGGAUCAUGGCGGGGAAGAGCCUCGGCGUCCUGCUCCUCCUGGCCGUCACGGUCCCCCGCGGGGCAGGGGAGCCGCGGGGCUGCGAGGCGGUGCGGAAAGUUUUCCAGCUGCGACAGCUCGGGCCCCUCCGGGGGGUGCCGGACUCGCCGCGGGCAGGGGUUGAUCUCCAGGUUUGUACUUCAAAAAAUCCAACAUGCUGCAACAAAAAGAUGGAAGAAAGAUAUCAGAUAGCAGCAAAGCAAGAUAUACAGCAAGUGCUUCAAACAUCAAGUGCUACAUUAAAAUUUUUAAUAUCUCGUAAUGCAGCUGCAUUUCAAGAAACCUUUGAAACACUCAUCAAACUAGCUGAGAAUUACACAAGCACACUUUUCUGCAAUGUGUAUAGGAACAUGGCUGCUGAGGCUGCUACACGUGUUCAGGAGUUUUUCACAGAUGUUGGACUCUUCAUAUUUGGCACAGACAUCAGCACAGAGGAAUUUGUCAACAGAUUUUUUGACAACCUGUUCCCAGUGGUCUACAAUCACAUUAUUAACCCUGGUCAGACUGAUGUUUCACUGGAAUAUGCGGAGUGCCUUCGAAUGGCAAGGAGAGAUAUCAGACCCUUUGGCAACAUUCCCAAGAAGGUCAUAGUACAAAUGGGAAGAUCACUGUUACCCAGCCGGACUUUCCUGCAGGCUCUGAAUUUGGGGAUUGAAGUUAUCAAUACAACAGAUCAUCUGCAUUUCUCUAAAGACUGCAGCAGAGCUUUACUGAGAAUGCAGUACUGCCCCCAUUGCCAAGGGCUGACUUUAAGUAAGCCCUGUAUGGGCUACUGCCUCAAUGUCAUCCGAGGCUGCUUAGCCUACAUGGCAGAAGUUGAUCUUCAUUGGCAGGCAUAUAUUCAGUCUUUGGAGGAGCUCUCAAGCGCCAUGCGUGGGACAUACGACAUUGAGCACGUGCUUCUAAACUUCCAUUCAGUUGUUAAUGAUGCUCUCAUUCAAGCUCGUGUACACGGAUCUGAAUUAUCUGAGCAGGUGAACAAGGUAUGUGGCCCUCCUGUAAGGAAGCCUGCACAGUCUCCAAGUUGCUCUUUUGAUCAGAACAAAGAUAAUGAAGGGCUGAAGAUGUUCUCAAGAGACAGUGAAGAAACCCUUGCCAACAGAAGAAAAGAAUUUAUCAGCCACCUCCGGCUCUACAGAGCCUUUUACGGCGGGCUGGCUGAUCAGCUGUGCGGUAAUGAGUUGGCAGCUGCUGAUGGACUCCCGUGUUGGAAUGGAGAAGAUGUUGUAAGAAGCUAUACUCUUCGCGUGGUUGGCAGUGGAAUCAAAGCUCAGUUUGGGAAUCCAGAAGUAAAAGUGAAAGGAACAGAUCCUGUAAUAAAUCAAAUUAUCGACAAGCUGAAACAUAUAAUUCAGACAGGAACUGAAUUAUGUUUCUCCUAUCUGUACCCUGACAGAAUCUUAGGACUCUUACAAGAAAAGAACUACAUAGAAUUAUUUUGUGGAAGGGGAAGAAGAAGAGUAUACAAGAAUAUACAAGUAUACUUCCUUCAGGAUGCACAUAUUCUCAAACAUUCUAAAAAGCAUAUCCAUAAACUAGGACUGGCUUAGAGACUAGAGAACAACUUAAGUUCAUCACACUUUUCAAUAUUUUCUUCAACAGUAUGAUUUUUUUAAACGUAUGCUUGUAUCUAUAUAUGUUUAUCAGUAGAUACAAGUAAAUAUAUGUACUUGCACUUCUAACUACUCCAUCAAAACUGUUUCUCCUUUUUUUAAAUAUCAAUGAUUUAUGUCUUUAUCAUGUUAAAGCAGUAAAACACAAUGGAAGAUGCAGCAUUAUCAACAUCAUCAUUACCCUGUAGACCUGCUUUUGCACCAAGCCUUUAUCCAGAAGUGUAAUAUUAUAAAGCUGAAACGUGCAGGCCUUACUUAAUUCUCAGUCAAUAAAAUUUUCACUGAAAUCAGUAGGGGUCAGCCCAGUACAAACGGAUAAGAAUCUAAGAAUUCUUUGAACUGUGAUAGGUGUGUUUGCAUGAUCAGAACUUUGUGAAAAUGGACACAAGCUAAUUAUCUAUUUGUUGACUAGUGAAAACAAAGUAUGUAUGAAAGAAUACUUAUUUUUUUCAGCUUCAUCUUGUAUUCCCAUUUGUAGUUGUAAUUCCAAAAAGUAUGUUUUUAUUUUUCAGAGUCAGUAUGUUAUGCUCAAACAUAGAUGAAUCCCAGGAACACUAACAGCAUUAUAGACGAACUGCUGUCUUCUGCAUCCAAUUGCAUUAUAUAGCCUAUGGGCUAUAGAAACCAUGUAGGGAAGAAAAAAAGUUAUAACUUAGGAACAAGCAUAUGUGAUGUUGAUGACAUAGUGCAUUGUGUUGUUGAAGGAGGAAGUGACAGAAAUAUACACCAGAUGUUCCUUUGCUUUAUAAGGCCACAAAUGAAUCAAAAGUUGCAGCAAUUAGUCUGUCACCUAACUGAACUCCUGAACACAAUUGAUGAGACCAUACCUUUUACAUUUUUGAAACACUUUAGGAAACUGCUGUUCAGUUAAACAAAGCUAUCUAUUCUUUCUACUGAGUGAAAAGCAUGUCUGAUUUCUAAACUCCAGGCAGCUUAGAACUUAGUUUUUUUCUUUUUUCUUUUUUCUUUUUUUUUCUUUUUUCUUUUUUUCCUUUUUACAUAUCUCUGCUCAGGCAUCUGUGUACAUAUAUAUUUACUGAAUAGCUCAUAUCCCGCAUUAGUAUGGUAGAUUGCUAAAGUUGUCAGUGCUAUUACUGCUUCUGUAAUUUUUCACAAUAGAAUUAAAAAGAUGGAAGUGAAGAAAAAAAAAGAAUAGAUCAUUUGUUUUUUUUUCCAAAAUGUGAAAAAUGAGUAAUAUUUAACCUCAUGAAUUUCAACAAGGAGAGGUUCAAAGUCCUGCACCUGGGAAAGAACAACCUCAGGCACCAGUACAUGCUGGGGGCCAUGCAGCUCUAGAGCAGCUCUGCAGAAAAGAAAUUUGGUCUUGCUGGACACCAAGGUGAACACAAAUGAACAAUGUAUGCAUGACUGAGAAGACUAAUUGUAUCCUGGAAUGCAUUAAGCAAAGUUUUUCCAGCAGGUAAAGGGAGGGGAUCCUUCCUGGAGUACUGCAUCCAGUUCUGGUCUUCUCAGUACAAGAGAGACAUGGGCAUACUGGAGAUAAUCCAAAGAAGCACCACAAAGGCAGUGACAGGACUGGAGCAUCUCUCAUAUUAGGAAAGACUAAGAAAGAUGGGACUGUUCAGCCU